AUGAAUAAAUUUUCAGCGUUCAUGUCGUCGAAUGACUCAGACGACGUGAAGCCGAACAUCUUGUUAUUGAACGGAGCUGAAGAGAAACCGAACACGCUUGAAUCAUCAGGCCCUGUACCUCCUCCAAGUCGACCAUUUCACGUGGUCGUUGCUCCAGGACGGGCUAGGGAGGUACCUCAUACGCCAAGGGAGGUUAAGCCUGCCCUUGAUAUUCAGUUUCCAUUGGCGCCAUAUCGCCAAACUCCAGGACCCAUCAAAAUGUCGCAGACCUACCUGCGAACACUUGUCCUAGAGCGCUGGGAUGCAGAGAUUAGGCUGUGUGAUGAGUCAUGCAGAGCUGCAGCUCUCAGAGCACAUACAAGGUCCUGUUGCUCACCAAAAUUUGGUGCUGGGAGAUGA